AUGUCCAACGUCCGCAGCGCAACCAGCAAUCUCAAGCUCUCAUAUACCAAUUACCACGUCGCGGGCGCAAAUGCAGGGGAAAUCAUGCAAAACAAGAGACCCGAAAAGGCGAUCAGCCGUCGGCGUGGCAUGAAGAAUGCUGGCUACCUGGCCACGACGCCACCCCAUCGACAGCUGAGCCAAGAACGUGUGAACAAGUGUUCGAUAAAUGGCUCACCCCCGGCGCAAAAAUGUGAAUGUGAUGAGAAAUUGAACCGGCGGAUGUCGGCCUGUGGUUCUCAUGGCAAUGAUGCCGUCGUCUUGGAUAUGUUUUAG